AUGUCGUCCUAUCCCACGUCCGCUGAGGCAACGGGCACCACGAAUGUGGGUAAUAAUAAACCCAUCAUUGAGCCUGCAAGCGCGAGCUGGUUUACUGAUUACAUCAUGGAUGUGAAACUUGAGUCAAAAGAUGGCACCGACAUCCCACUUUACAAUGAGAAGCUGAUGACUCACGUCACCCAGAUCACUAAUGGCGGGCCCUAUGUCAUUGAUCGUGUGCACAGCGACAGAUGGAAAUUGCGAUUGGAGGGGAAACGCGGGUCCGGACAAACUCAAAGCCCCGUUGGUACAACAUCUCCAGAGAAGAAAACCAUGUCGUUGAAAGAUGGCAAGGUGAAUACACAGCGUAUCAGUUCUCCUACAAUGUGGAAGAACGGCGGGGAACAUAAUCGGUUCGUGGCAGUCCGAUGCCCUAAAAUGGACAACCCAGCUAUCGCGGUGAAAGUUAAUGGGCAUUAUGGUGGACUCCACUGGGUGGGUCUGUUCGUUAAAUCGAGGACAGAUGACACCAACCAAUUCAUUGCCGUGAGAACCACCCAUCGCUUGCUUCCAGAUUACGCCGAGCGCACCAAAAAAUACGAAGGCCAUGAAAAGUGGUAUCAUCCCGAUCUCGCCGUUGACUUGGUGGAUCGCACCCUUACUCUCUUCCCUAAGCAACUGUAUGGGACCAAGGGCAAUCUGCCUGAUUUGUCCGAUAAGUUUGUCACAACAGAUCCAGAAAAUGACAUUGGUGCAUGGCACCUGAAUCUCGGCGGUAUUCAUCCCAGGUAUAAGUACGUGUGGCAAGCGGCAGGAAAGACCAUUCUCAGAGUCCAACACCCCGGGAAAUUUCCUCCCUGGGUCCCCGAAGAACCACUUCCUAAUCUUAUUCCCGCCCCCGGUGCCAUUGAUUAUAUCUCGGGAAUUAAGCUUAGAGAAGAGUCAGUUACACCAAAGGGUGGAGGCUGGACUAUGCAAGAGGAAGCAGAUUUCAAUGGCUUCGUUACUGCGGCAGGCAAAGCGUUUGAUGCGUAUAAGAAGAUCAAGGGCAGUGCGAAGGAAUGCGCUGCGGUGGAGAUUGAGGAGGUUGAAGAGGUCGAGAAGCCCAAUACGGCCGAUAUCCCUACUAUUGCCGAGAAAAUCAGAAAUGGGACGAUCGCGAACCGUGAUUUUGGUUCCUUUGUGCAAGAUCCCUACCCAGAGCCUCCAGACGAAUUUCUUCUAGACUUCAUCCGUGACGACCCCGACAGUGCCCGCUGGGCCGGUGCCGGUCAUGAUCGAGAGACUUGUCAUUGUUUGAUAUGCAGGAUGUACUUACGCAUAUACUACUGA